GAGAAGCUCUGCACUGUAAAGAAAAAUGAAACUAGAGGUACUUGUUGCUUUCUCUAAAGAUCAUUACCUGUAGUGUAUCGCAGCCUGGAAUUGUAGCACACUCUUCUUCAAUGAAAGUUUUCGUUAGAUGGCAGGAAAACGUUGGUGAUAUUAAGUUUCACCAAAUGAUAUUCAUAUCUUGAUGGAACUGUCCUAGUGCAGACAUGAGUGAGUGGUUUCUUAUGGAUUAUUGAAGCUCUGAACUGAAGAACAACAGGGGGAUCAGAGGAUCUAAACCCACUUUGACAUGGCUGACUUGGAUCCUGCUAAUGGAUUAGACAAGGACCCUGAAAUCGAACUGUUUGUUAAGGCUGGCAUUGAUGGAGAGAGUAUUGGUAAUUGCCCCUUUUCUCAGCGUCUCUUUAUGAUUUUGUGGCUGAAAGGUGUUGUGUUCAAUGUCACAACAGUUGACCUAAAGAGAAAACCAGCUGAUCUACAUAACUUAGCUCCUGGUACUCAUCCUCCAUUCCUGACAUUUGAUGGAGAGGUCAAGACAGAUGUCAACAAAAUUGAAGAAUUCUUGGAAGAGGUACUAUGCCCACCAAUGUACCCUAAGCUUGCAGCAAAACACCAUGAAUCAAAUACUGCUGGAAUUGAUAUCUUUGCAAAGUUUUCAGCAUAUAUUAAAAACACAAGGAUAAAUGCGAAUGAAGGACUGGCAAGAAGUCUGAUCAAAGCCCUGAAAGAUCUGGAUGGUUACCUGAACACUCCACUGCCUGAAGAGAUUGAUGCUGACUGUGUUGAUGAUGUCACCAUAUCCCAUCGCAAAUUUCUUGAUGGCGAUGAGUUCACAUUGGCUGAUUGCAAUCUUUUGCCCAAGCUUCACAUUGUGAAGGUUGUAGCAAAGAAGUAUCGGAACUUUGAGAUCCCAGCAGAAAUGACAGGAGUCUGGCGAUACCUGAAUAAUGCCUAUGCACGAGAUGAGUUCACCAAUACAUGUGCGGCAGACAGUGAAAUUGAAUCUGCUUAUGCAGAUGUGGCAAGACGACUUUCAAGAUCUUAGAUCGAAAAUACAGUCAUUAAGGAUCAAUGUUAAUGCUACAAAAUGGGCUCGUAUCACAGGACUGCGUUUAAUUGCCUUGGUUAUUAAACCUAAUCCCAUUCGCUGACACUAUAAUAUUUCAGCUGCUUGUUUUAGUUUUAAAUAACAUGAUAAAUUUCUAAUCAAGCACUGAGCAUAAAUUAAGUGUGAUGUUCCCCUGCCUGCCACACCCACCCUCCUGAAUUAACGAGUGUCCAUUGUUCAUUUUUUGAUGGAAGCUGUUUGGAGUUUAUUGCCUAAUCUUAAAAUUACAGCUAACCUUUAGAUUUACAUUUCAAGGAACUGAGUUAAUGUGACACUUCUUGCGAUAGAAAAAGUGCUGCAAAUUAUAAAAAUAUCUGCAGCCAUAAUAAUUCAAUUUAUUUUUCCAAAGCGUAAAUUGACUGUUGAAUUUGGAGCUCAAGUUGAGUCUUUAUGAAACUGAAAUAAAUUUAGGCUGAGAAUCCGCUGAAUUAGGAUUGGCUAGCCUAGUUAACUCAGACCUCACAAGCUUCAAUCUCAGGCACGCAAAAAUAAAACUUUAGUGAUAACUGAUUGGAGCCUUUUUUAAAAUAAAUUUCUUUAACAUUUGAUCAAUCAGAAUAUUUGUAAUUUUUUAUGAUACUUUAAUUGUAUCUCAGAGCCCGGUCAGUCUUAAAUGAACCAAAUAUGACAGCUCCUUCUAAGGCAUACAAGCCAAAAUAUUCAGUUAUGCUUUUGAAUGAUGUUCCUAUUUCAUUUCAAGGCAUUUUAGUGUUUUAUUUCAACUCUGCAUUGUCAGUGGAAUUAUUGAGGGGGUGUUUUCUUGUAUGAAUGCGUCCCAUUUGUUUUUAUUUUUCAGUCUUGUUUCUGAGCUUUGAUCACUUAGAUUAAAUUAACUGAGGCCUAAUAUUACUUUGAAACGUACGUUAACAUGAAAAUAAGUCUAUUAUAGCUUUUCUGGCAUUUUAAGUCCCAAAGCCCUUUACAGUAUACCUAAGAAAAAGGUGUGGGAUUAACAAAAGAAAAGUCUGCUAUAUCCCAGAAAGCAAUUGAAAUUUUUAUGUUUUAGAGCUGCCAAAUAUAAAUUAAAUAUUUUGCAGAUAACAUUAGGCAUACUAUUGGAAAUCGAACAAUUUCAUAACUUAUAGUUUCUAACCGUGUGUGGUAUUAGUAGUGCAUCUGUUGUGUUAAGAGAAUUUUAUUUGUCCACUAUUUUACAAGAAUAACAGGAAAUGAGAUGGCUGUAGCCCGCAACAGACAUGAAACAGAUCUUGUUUCUGUAAACUAACUGGGUGCUAUCCCUUUUAGAACAGAGAGAGUUUCACAGAAAGCAAACCACCAGAUACACAAAUUUCAGGUGUGGGCAGGUUGUCUCAUCUCCAUUUUCCAGAAUAAAGUUAAAGAUGAUUGAUCAGAAAUGAUUUUGAAAUGUGGGAAUUUAUUAACUAAAAACUAAAACAAGAUUGUUAUCUUUUUGUUAAUUAAAAAUCAGUGUUUGUAUUAAUGGCAAAGAUUAGUGAUGCUUCUUGUUAUAGCAUCAGCAAAAUAGUACAUAAAUGAUUAAAUUGCGCCCUCGUGACUUUUUGAAAAAUUAACUGUGGGUGAUUUUGCAGACUGAACCAUGAUUUGUUGUAACUGAGCAUCUAACAGUGUUUGGCAUUUGUUUGACUUGCCCCAGCUCAUUUAAGUUUUUUAGUUCUUUGCAUUACAAGCUUUUGAAAGUUAAAGCCGAUUACAGUGCAGUGAGGGAAACUGAGUAUCUGUGACCUGACUGAACAAGAUUGGCGGAGUCAGUGUUGGACUGGGUUGGAGAAAGUUAAAAAGAAAAUCACACACCACCAGGUUAUAGUCCAACAGGUUUAUUUGG